CGAGGAUGUUUUCGGGAAGCACCGCCAUUGCCGGACCUAUACGAAGCCUCUAUGUUGGAGCUUCAGGAUGGUCUGUCAAAGGGGUACUUCACCAGCGUCGAUCUUGCGUAUUUUGCUCGCAUAGAGGAGGUCAAUCAUCGAGGCGCGAAUUUGCAUGCCGUUAUCGAGACGAGCCCGAGUGCUCUGAAGCAAGCGGCUGCUUUGGACAAAGAGAGACGGAAGAAAGGCGCUCGUGGACCUCUGCAUGGAAUCCCCAUCCUCCUGAAGGACAACAUCGCCACUAAAAUUAGCGAUGGCAUGAAUACGACAGCGGGAUCAUAUGCACUCCUUGGAUCUGUACCUCCCAGGGAUGCGACUGUGGCUGCGAAUCUUCGUGAGGCGGGUGUCAUAUUCAUCGGAAAGGCUAGCAUGUCAGAAUGGGCACACAAUCGGGCGUUCAUUAUCCCUUCGGGUUGGUCAGGUCGUGGCGGCCAGGCUACGUCACCUUACUACCCUCUAGGCGACGCUGGUGGCUCGAGUACCGGUAGUGGAACGGGAACAGCUAUUGGUUUGGCUGCUGCGGCUCUGGGUACGGAGACGGACGGGUCGAUUGUUGGUCCUUCAUCGAGAAGUAAUAUCGUAGGAAUCAAGCCUACGGUUGGUUUGACAUCCAGAGCUGGAGUCAUCCCAAUUAUGCGCCAUCAAGACACCGUUGGGCCCAUGGCUCGGUCCGUCGCGGAUGCGGCUGUUCUCCUUACUACCAUUGCAGGACGUGACAUUCUAGAUAACUUUACCCUAGCUCAGCCAUCCCCAUUGCCCAAUUAUCUGGAUGCGCUGCAACCAUUUGGUCUUGCGGGCGUUCGGCUGGGUGUAGUGCGAAAUUUGAUGACGGAGAGAAUGGACUACGUUCACGAGGCAUUGAACCACUCGAUGGACAUUAUGCGAGGUUUGGGUGCGGAGAUUGUAGAAGCUGACUUCACGAACGAGUUCGAUAUCAAGAAAUCCACUGAGGGGCAGCAUUUGGUUGCUGCAAUCGAUUUCAAGGAAGAGAUAGAGGCAUAUAUUUCUAAACUCCUGGACGUCCCGACAGGCGUAAAAAAUAUUUCAGAUAUUAUACGGUUUAAUAUUGACCACGCCGAUCUCGAGUUGAUACCACCUUACUGCGCUACUCAGGAUGGGCAUAUCGAGGCUGAGACCUCGAUAAAAAACGAGACAUACUAUCAAGCCAUCGAGCGCAAUCACAACAUGGGUGGUAGGGAUGGUAUUGAUGCCACUUUGAAGAAGUAUCGUGUGGAUGCUCUUAUUCUGCCGACGAUGGUUCCACUCGGUUUCACACCCGACGACGUUAUUCCAGGGCCGGCCGAGCCUGUCAUCGAUGAAGCACCCGGAAUGCCGUUUGGACUCACAUUCAUGGGCACGGCAUGGAGCGAAUUUGAGUUGAUAAAGUAUGCGUACGCGUACGAGCAGGCGACGCAUGUGAGGUUGGGGAAAAGGGCGUUUGAGAUCGCGGUCCCGAAGACGCAAUUGAUUGAUGUUAUGAUAUGA